AUGUCUACCACCCAAAGGCUCAGAGUUGCCGUUCUUGGUCCUAAGGGGCAAUGCGGCUCCUGCGUCGUCGACGAGCUCCUGUCUCGCGGUCACUCCGUUGGAGGCCUCUCACGCAACCCGCCUCGCGAGUGGCAGACACCAGGCGACUACAAGGCGGAGUCUGUCGACUUCAACUCCAUCAACGAUCUCUCGGCGGCCCUGUCGCGCGGUUACGACGCCAUUGUGUGCGCGUAUGGACCGCCCCUGGGGAACUUGCGGGCGAUCUACUACGAGUGUGUAGAGACGCAUGCGAGAAUCAAGUCUGGUCUACUCCGAUCGAAUCAUCGAGGUUCUUUCAUUGUUAUUGGCGGUGCCGGCUCUUUGCACCACAAGGAUGGCUCGUCUUUUGCAGAUGAACCCGAAUUCCCUUAUGGUGCUUGGUAUAAAUGGUCAGACCAGCAUCUCGGAUACAUGAUUUCUAGGGCGUCAGACCACGGCAGCACAACACUAGCUGUGUUCUCCCGGAUCUUCAGAUGGGCGCGCAACAAUGUAGAGCAUCCUGGAUGGUUCUCCUGGAUUCUCCGCCCGUUUGCGCGCUUGUUUCUUUCGCGCGCACGUAAGUUCAUGACGUCUCAUGACGCCAAGGGCCUGAUCACUGGAUCGCGUGUCGCUUUACACUUGUGGGAAGGCGUGACUGAGAAGUCUUGGUCAUUUCUAUCGCCUCCGUGGUUGCUGAGAGACAAAGGGAUCCGUACUGGGAAGUACGAAGUGUAUGUGGACGAGCUUGACAGCCCGGGUUAUCAAGCCAUCUACGGCGGCAUUUAUAACAAGGACAUGGCCGUAGCCAUCGUGGACGAGGUCGAGAAUAACAAGUUGGCGUACAAGCAUUGGUCUUGCGUCGGACCCAUCGGUCUAGGGAAAUGGUAG